AUGGACGAUAAAGGCGGUCAGAAAUCUGAAGGGAAACCGAAGACGGAGAUGGACAAAGAUGCAGCAGCACGUAUUCAGAGCGCUGAAGCGAAAAAAAAUGACGGUAAAGUUGAAAAAGAAAGCUUUCCCUCCCGCGCUCAGCGCGCAGCAGCCAAGAAUGAAGCAGCGAAGGACGAAGAAGGGAAAUGAGCCUGAAACAGAUAAUAAGCCCUGAUGACAUAACAAUUAACAAUUAAUGAUUACCAAACUGGUGUUAUAAUUCCUUUGACCAUUGUCUUAGCUGUGUCUAAACUCUUAGAGUUGAGUGCUAAGGGGCUUUCAUAUACUAUUAAUAAAACGGAAGUUAAAUCAGUUUUCCGAAUGAUUGAGUGAAUCUUAUUCUGGUAAAUCCCUUUGGAGUUCACCCUCUCGGAAUUACUCGAGAGUGGAGAUAAUGUCGACGAGAAUCUUAUGAACUUUUUUUUUUGCCUCUGAACCAAGUAAUACACCCCAAAAUUUGCUUUUACUUGUCCUUUUCAAUCUAUCUUUAUUUAAUUGAGUUAUGCUCAAGCACAGCACUGGCUCUUGGAGUCCAACGUAAACAGAAAUAUAUAGAUACUCAGCAAAAACUGUUAAACAUAUGAUAUAAACUGGUCUUAACCUGCUAACAAUUGAAAGUCACAUGGCAUGAAUUAUGCUGGAAUAAAAGAACAAAGAAAGGGAAAUUAAUCAAUAAUGCAAGCUUGACGUUUCUUUGUUCUGGAUGUCUCCUUUGGCUGUUUGUUUCCUAGCAAGGACGAAUUUCUUAGAAAUACCCGCACGUGUUCGAAGCAGCAUGCGUUGGCUUUUCCUAGAAUUAGGACUGACUCCGCUGAGACAAAUAUUUUUAUCUAAAUGUUAAAGUUUAAGCUUUUUUCUUUUUACUGCAAAUACGCCAGUUAAACGAAAGGCAGAGCAAACACCAGUAUAGCAAUAAAUCAUUUACGCGCUCGCUUCUAUGUUAUCACACCGGUCAAACCAAGUAUCUCUACAAGAUCAUCUCGAUAAAAUAUGCUGACAUAGUCAUUUCUCGGAACUCUCUCUUGCUUUUGUGUUGUCUCACAUGUCAAUCCAAGCGUCUUUCCGAGAAAAUCUAUAUAAAUUAUGCUGACGUCAUUUUCUCGGAAAACAAUUGGUAUUUGUCAAAGACUCGUUGACCCUAUUUUAUCAUUCUAUAGAUCGAGUCAACUCCUGGGAAUAUCGUUUUGAUUGUCAUCGUCGUCUUAUUUUGAUCAUUAGUAUCAUUAUUUUUCUUGUAAAAGCGAGAUUCCAGAGAUUCGCGUCUCAUCGUCACAGUAAGCCUGUGUUGUUGGUAUGUAAGCCAGCUUUGUUUCAAAUCCUCAGAUCCUCGUUCCCUCUUCAAUUGCACCCUUUCUGCCACUUUUUGCGGUGUUUUCGAUUCGAAUUUACAUGAAGGAUGACUAGUUCCAUGUCUAGGUUUGUCUUUUCCGUCAGGAUAUGCAGAAGCGUGUCAGCCAAGCUAUACAUUCAACUGUUGACUGAGUUUAGCGUCGGUGGGUUAUACCGUUUUAUUUCUUUUACUGAAAAUACGAAAGUAAAACGAAAGUUAAACGAAAGGCAGAGCAAAUCGUUUACGCGCUCACUCGCUUCUUGUCAUCUCACUGGUCAAACCAAGUAUCUUUGUAAGGUUAUCUCGAUAAUUUACGCUGACAUAAUCAUUUCUCGAAACCCUCUCCAUUCUGUUUGUCUCACAUGUCAAUCUUGGCUUCUUUCCGAGAAAACCUGUAUGAAUUAUGCUGACGUCAUUUUCUCAGAAAACAAUUUGCAUUUGUGAAAGACUCGCUAACAAUAUCUUAUCAUUCUACGGAGGAAAACAUUGGCGGAGGGUCUGAGAAAACCAAAGACAUACGAGUCUUUUCUACAGUCACAUAACGUAAGUCAAUACUUAGUUGCCUUAAUCAUUUGCUUUUGCAGUUUCAGUUCGUAACAUUAUAUUGCUCCAAGAAUGCAGUCAAAUCCAAUGAAAGGAGAACUAGAGGCCGCCGAAUGCACUAGUACAUAGCUAGGAUAAUGGUAAACCGUUCAAAUUUUUGAUAUCACGCGCCGUCGAGCUUUUUUCGCAAUACACACGCAAUCUUAGGUUAAUUCAGUUUACUACAUUACAAUGACCGCAUGUCUCUUCGAAAACGAAAGCGCUUUGAAAUGCAUCUUAUGAAAAUCUUUAAGAUAGCCUUCACUCGCCAUCGAUCACGGCGAUCUUGACGGUGAAAAUGAAGUCGUGUCUUCUUCUUGACUGAAUCGUACGAAAAAUCUAGAGGAUCCUUGGUUAAGUUUGUCUAUCAAGCCUCUCAGGUACAGAAUACACUUCUUAGAAUAGAAGGAAGGUUUUAUUCGAUGUUAGCAUUGUUGACAAUGCAUAUCAGGAUGGAUGAGAAACACGUGGAUGUGGACAUUUCAAAGGAAAAUCUUCGAUUUCGAAUACUCUUUUAUCAAGCGCGCUUUUGAUAGUUUUACAUCUCUCAACUAAGAUAAAAAUGAGCAAAGCCUUUUACUAUCUGAAGAUCGAUCCCACAGAGCUGUUUCGUAAGACAACCCUACAGGUUGAAUCGACCUGAAAGUGCUUUGAAAUUCAUAUAUUCCACUGCAUGAUAUCCUUAUUUCUUUCCGCCUCAAAUAAUGAUGUGCACACGAAAGACACUCAUCGUAAAACCGAUCACUACAUGACGUUUAUUUCUUUCUCUUUUUCCGCCACAAAUGAAUUUGACUUUAGAAGCAAGAGAACUAAAGAACCAUGGACAAGCAAGGAACUCAAAGCUCUGGAGGAAACGCACAGCCCAAAAAUCCGAUGAAUAAAGAAGCGGCGUCAAGGAUUCAGGGUUCAGAAGCAAAACAGCACGGCGGUGGGGUUCCUAAAGGAAGCUUUGCUUCGCGCGCUCAGUCUACUGCAGACAAGCGGGAAAACCAGAACAACUAA